AUGCCGCUCUUCACCCGGUACUACCAGCCUGGUAGGCUCUGCGUCGUCCAGUACGGACCCGACGCUGGAAAGCUCUGUUUCGUCGUUGACAUCAUCAACCAGACCCGCGUCCUCGUUGAUGGCGCUGGUGUCACGGGGGUGAAGCGUCAGUCGAUGCCGGUUCGUCGCAUUGCUCUGACUGACCAGUACCUGAAGAUCCCCCGCAGCGUCCGGUCUGCGACCUUGAAGAAGGCCUUGGAGAAGGAUGACGUCAUCGCCAAGUUCAACCAGACCUCAUGGGGCAAGAAGCGCCAAGUCAAGGAACAGCGCGCGAACAUGACCGACUUUGACCGCUUCAAGCUCAUGGUUGUCUUGAAGCAGAGAAGAAAGGUGAUGCAGCAGAAGCUGAAGAGCCUGAAGAAAUAA